UAAUAAUAAGUAAGGGGAGUGUCUCCUAUACAGGUUGACUGUGUUUUAAAAGAUCGGUCAGAUUAAAUUCAAAUAUAAUUGGCAAAAUUAAAUUAAUAUGGUUAUGGAAUGAAUACAACACGAACUAAAUGGAUUUUACCUUAGUUAUGCCCUUUGUUUUGUUCAUAGAAGUGUGGACCUAAGUACGUAGCAUUUUAUUUUAUUCCCUUUUUUUAAAUUUUUGUGUAGGUUUAAAAAUAAUAAACGCGAUCAGAUCAUUCUAUGGUCGUUGGCCCGUACAGGCAAAGUUUUUUUAAAGAAAUUAGACAUGGAUCGUGCAGGAGACAUAAACACUACUAUACGUUUAAGGUUAUGUUAGUUGUUGUAAUUAUCGUUUAACCACUGUAAAUUAUUGAAGAAAUUAAUUUUUAAAUUAUUUCGAAAGUUUUGGUUGUAAGUGAAAACGUGUACACAAGUGAAAACAAAAAGUUUUGAUGUAUGUGUUAGUCAUAAUAGAGUUAUAAAGAUGUCUGGCUCAAUUGAAAUCCCUCUUCGGGAUACCGAUGAGGUAAUUGAGCUGUACUUGGAUCAACUUCCUGACGGCGAAGAAGUGCUAGUUAUCUUGAAACAGGAAAAUGCACAACUUAGCAUAUGGGUUAAUCUUGCAUUGGAGUAUUAUAAACAAUCAAAAAUCAAUGACUUCAUUAAAAUUUUGGAGGCAUCUCGUACAGAUGCCAAUAUCAGCUACAGAGACUUUGAAAAAGAUCAGAUGCGUGCAUUGGACAUGUUGGCUGCUUAUUAUGUACAGGAAGCUAAUCGUGAAAAAAAUAAAGAUCGGAAACGAGAGUUGUUUACAAAGGCAACCCUUUUAUACACUACAGCAGACAAAAUCAUUAUGUAUGAUCAGAAUCAUUUAUUGGGAAGAGCAUAUUUUUGCUUAUUGGAAGGAGAUAAAAUGGAUCAAGCUGAUGCACAGUUUAAUUUUGUUUUAAACCAAUCACCGAAUAAUAUACCAUCUUUGUUGGGUAAAGCAUGUAUCGCUUAUAAUAAAAAGGACUUCAGAGGAGCAUUAGCUUUUUAUAAGAAGGCACUAAGGACUAAUCCUAACUGUCCUGCUGAAGUUAGACUUGGAAUGGGUCACUGCUUCAUGAAAUUAAACAACCAGGACAAAGCUAGACUUGCAUUUGAAAGGGCAUUGCAGUUAGAUCCUCAGUGUGUUGGAGCUUUAGUGGGCUUGGCUAUUUUAAAACUGAAUCAACAACAACCUGAAUCUAUUCGAAAUGGUGUACAAAUGUUGUCUAAGGCUUAUACCAUCGAUUCUUCAAACCCAAUGGUUUUAAAUCAUUUAGCUAAUCAUUUCUUCUUUAAAAAAGAUUAUAGCAAAGUGCAACAUCUGGCUUUACAUGCUUUUCACAAUACAGAAAAUGAAGCGAUGAGAUCAGAGAGUUGUUAUCAACUAGCUCGAGCUUUUCACGUUCAAGGCGAUUAUGAUCAAGCUUUUCAAUAUUAUUAUCAGGCGACACAGUUUGCCCCUGCAGCUUUUGUAUUGCCCCAUUUUGGCCUAGGGCAAAUGUACAUAUAUAGAGGAGACUCGGAAAAUGCUGCCCAGUGUUUUGAAAAGGUUUUAAAAGCUCAACCAGGAAAUUAUGAAACAAUGAAAAUUCUCGGCUCUUUGUACGCAAAUUCGUCCUCACAAUCUAAGAGGGAUAUUGCAAAGAAUCAUUUGAAGAAGGUGACGGAGCAAUUUCCAGAUGAUAUUGAAGCCUGGAUCGAAUUAGCACAAAUUUUAGAGCAAUCAGAUUUGCAGGGCUCCCUGAAUGCUUAUGGGACAGCAAUUAAAAUUCUCAAGAAAGACGUACAAGCUGAAAUCCCAACAGAAAUUUUGAAUAAUGUUGGGGCUCUUCAUUAUAGGCUAAAUAAUUUAGAAGAAUCGAAAAAGUAUUUAGAGGAGGCUUUAGUAAGGACUAAAUCUGAGGCAGAACAUGACCCGCAGUACUAUAAUUCCAUUGCAGUCACUAUCACUUAUAAUCUUGCGCGAUUAUUUGAAGCUUUAUGUGUUUUUGACAAAGCUGAAAAAUUAUACAAAGACAUUCUCAAAGAACAUCCCAAUUAUGUUGAUUGUUACUUAAGGCUUGGCUGCAUGGCAAGAGAUAAAGGGCAGAUUUACGAGGCAUCUGAUUGGUUUAAGGAAGCACUGAAAAUCAAUACGGAGCAUCCAGAUGCUUGGUCAUUAUUAGGAAAUCUUCAUUUAGCAAAGAAUGAAUGGGGACCUGGUCAAAAGAAAUAUGAAAGGGUUUUAAAGAAUCCUGCAACAUCCCAAGAUUCGUAUGCUCUUAUUGCUCUUGGAAACGUAUGGUUGCAAACCCUGCACCAACCAACCAAAGAUAAGGAGAGAGAAAAACGACACCAGGAACGAGCUCUGUCUAUGUAUAAGCAAGUGAUGAAAAUUGAUCCUAAAAAUAUAUGGGCUGCGAAUGGUAUAGGAGCCGUUUUAGCACAUAAGGGAGCUGUCAAUGAAGCCCGAGAUAUCUUUGCCCAGGUCAGAGAAGCGACAGCAGAUUUCUGUGAUGUGUGGUUAAACAUAGCACAUAUCUACGUAGAACAGAAACAGUUUGUUGGAGCUAUUCAAAUGUAUGAAAACUGUUUAAAGAAAUUCUUUAAGUAUCACAACGUAGAAGUUUUGCAAUAUUUAUCUCGAGCUUAUUUUAAAGCUGGCAAACUUAAAGAAGCAAAGAUGGUAUUGUUGAAGGCGAGACGUGUUGCCCCUCAAGACACGGUCAUCCUUUUUAAUAUCGCUCUCGUUUUACAACGAUUAGCCACACAUAUUCUUAAAGACGAAAAGUCCACUCUUACUGUAGUAUUACAAGCCGUUCACGAACUGGGACUUUCCUUGAAAUAUUUCACAUACCUAUCAGAGCAUGGUGACCGUAUGCGUUAUGAUGUGACUUUGGCAGGAAUGGAAGCUCAGCAGUGUCAAGAUCUUCUCUCACAGGCGCAAUAUCAUGUGGCCAGAGCGAGAAGAGUAGAUGAAGAAGAACGACACCUUCGUAGGAAACAGGAAGAAGAAAGAAACGCGUUUAAAAUGCGACAACUGGAAGAACAGAAAAAAAUGGAAGAAGAACGACGCGCAAAUAAGGAACAACUUCUACAGAAACGUCAAGAGUACAAAGAAAAGACCAAAAAUGCGUUAUUAUUCAACGAGUUACCUUCCGAAAGAAACCCCAAGAGCAAAGGUAAAGGUCGCAAAGAACAGUACGUCAGCGAUUCAAGUACCGAUGUGGAGAACGCAGCACCCCGUGAAACGAAGAAAAAACGACAUAGAAGUGGCGAUCGAAAGGAACGAAGGGAACCCAAACGUAAAGGUGGUGUGGGAGGAAGAAAAAGGAAAGAACGUUUUGCGCGCGAUUCCGGGUCUGAUUCUGAUAGACCAAGAGCCAAGAAAGGCCGCAAGAAAGUUAAAGAACCCAAGAAGAAAAGUCAUGAUGAUGGUCUCAGUUCCAAACAGAGAUCUAGAAUCGUAUCGAAAGCAACUAUUUCAACGAGUGAGUCUGAUAGUGACGAAGAAAAACUUAAAAUUGCAAGUGGUGACGAAAGUGGAAGUGGUAGAGAAGCCGGGCCUAAAGGAAGGAAACGUAGAAUAUCAUCAGAGUCAAGCCGAUCACGUUCAAGAUCAAGGUCUAAAAGUGGCUCAAGAUCUAGAUCCAGUUCCAAAUCGGUAUCUAAAAGUAGAUCACGAUCAAGAUCUAGAUCAGCAUCUAAAAGCAGAUCUAGAUCAAGAUCAAAAUCUAAAAGUAGGUCCAGAUCGCGAUCCAAAUCUAAAAGUAAAUCUAGAUCGCGAUCGAGGUCUAUAAGUGGAUCAAGAUCAAGAAGUGGCUCUAAAUCUCAUUCAAGAUCAAAAAGUCGAUCUAAAUCGCAUAGCAGAUCGAGAUCUAAAUCUAAAGAUAAAUCUAGAUCGCGUUCAAGGUCCAUAAGUGGAUCAAGAUCAAGAAGUGGCUCUAGAUCCCAUUCAAGAUCAAAAAGUCGAUCUAAAUCGCACAGUCCAUCGCGAUCCAAAAGUCAUUCAAAGUCUCGGUCUACCAGCAGAUCGAGAUCAAAAAGUAGAUCAAAGUCCAAGUCCAGAUCUAGAAGUGGUUCGAGGUCUAAAAGUGGGUCAAGGUCAGAAUCACAGGAUUAAAUUAAUUUCAUUAAUUAAAUAUUGUUGUUUGAUUUGAAUAUCUUAAAAUUUAUGCCUAGUUAGAGGGUACAUAUUAUUAUAUACAAUACAUGCUUAUAAAACCAUUUUUUGUGUUGUAGAUGUACAGUUUAUGUAUACUUGAAAUGGCAUAAAUUGCUCAAUCAAGGUACUGAAUUAAAAUCAUUAUUUUAGUUGCAAUAUAUUGUAAUUAAUCUAUA